AUGUACGCCGACUUCUUCGCACACCCGGACCUCUUUGUAAGUAUUACUGACUGUCCCACACCUCAGGACCGUAUGGUCCAAGUGUUGAAGUGGUAUUUGUCUGCCUUUCACGCCGGACGCAAGAGCUCUAUCGCUAAAAAGCCUUACAAUCCUGUGUUGGGAGAAGUGUUCAAAUGCUAUUGGAAUGUCCCGGGGGUUGAAUCCAAUGAAAACAAAGCGGUUGAGGGACCCAUUCCGUGGGCCAGUACGACAAACCUAACGUUCGUCGCUGAACAGGUCUCACAUCAUCCUCCGAUCUCUGCUUUUUAUGCUGAAAAUGUUGAAAAACGGAUCAUGUGUUCUGGUCAUAUUUGGACAAAAAGUAAAUUCCUUGGCCUUAUCUCGACAUCACUGCAAAUGAUGUUAAGGUUUGUUUUGGACGAUAACGCGGGUCUUCUCAGCUAUUAUACGUCCAAAGAAAAGAUGAUAAAAGGCGACCGAAGAGGUUGUGUUAGGCUUAAGGGCGCCGUCAUUGGCAUCGAUGACGAGGACGACAGCACUUUCACCAUCACUGUCGAUGGCAAGAUGUUUCACUUCCAGGCACACGACGCUGAAGAGCGGAGUCGUUGGGUAACGGCAUUAGAGGACACGAUCUUAAGACACACUCACCGGCGCCGCACCAAAAAGAGUGAUCAAAGCCAAGUGCCAACACUUUCCGAUUUUGAACGCAAACUCACUGAAACUGACACUUAUUUACAACUAUUGAUAACUCAAACCAAACAAUUGGAUGAACACAUCGAAAACACAUCCAUCGACUCCGAGAAAGAGAAAUACUUAGCCAUUAAGACGAAGACAUUAUCCCUUUUGGAUGGCAUCAAACACACGAUUGUUUUGCUACAAAUUGCUAAGUCUUAUAUGGAUUGCCAACAGAACACAACACAUCCAGUGAAUGGAGUGUUCACUAAUAGUAUCGCCACAAGUGUCGACUCGACCACCAAUUCAUCGUUAAGUGAAGAAUUAGUGAAUAAUGAGAAUCAAUUAGAAAGCAGUGGAAGUGAUAGAGUGGUGUCCCACACAAGCCGUCCCCCAUUAGAACACAGCUAUUCUGUGAGUGAAUCGGUUCUCAACUUGCAUUCAGUGCCGGAAGUGUCUUACAGUAGCAGUGAUGACGACGACUUCUUCUACGACGCGCCCGAAGAAACCUCUCCCUCGUCUGUCAUGACUAAACCCAUUGUCGAGAGUGCGGCUCAAGUUAUCGACAAUUCAGACGAUAUGAAUUCACAAACUGUUUGCUCCAAACAAAACAAUUCAAUUGAUUACGACCUCAUGUAUGAGAGCGAAGAGGAAGAGUUGGGUAGCAUUGAAGGCCACGGAUCUGUUAUCUCUCAUCUCAUAUCUCAGGUCAAGAUUGGCAUGGAUUUAACGAAAGUAGUUUUGCCGACAUUUAUAUUAGAGAGGCGUUCACUACUCGAAAUGUACGCCGACUUCUUCGCACACCCGGACCUCUUUGUAAGUAUUACUGAUUGUCCCACACCUCAGGACCGUAUGGUCCAAGUGUUGAAGUGGUAUUUGUCUGCCUUUCACGCCGGACGCAAGAGCUCUAUCGCUAAGAAGCCUUACAAUCCUGUGUUGGGAGAAGUGUUCAAAUGCUAUUGGAAUGUCCCGGGGGUUGAAUCCAAUGAAAACAAAGCGGUUGAGGGACCCAUUCCGUGGGCCAGUACGACAAACCUAACGUUCAUCGCUGAACAGGUCUCACAUCAUCCUCCGAUCUCUGCUUUUUAUGCUGAAAAUGUUGAAAAACGGAUCAUGUGUUCUGGUAUUUGAGCUCAAGAUAAA